CCGCUGUAUUUUGUUCGUAGAUUCUUUUCUAGUCGUUUGUGUUUUCGGCUUUCUAGGAGCUGAUUGGGGUUUUCUGGGCCGCCCGAUCUGGCGGUACAUCGAUCGUGCAUUCCAAUUGUGGAUUCGGGCACCCAUUAGGCCGCAAUACAGAGUCAUUCUGCUAGUUUUGAGCCGCUAAUUAAAUUCAAUUUUAGGUACUGUAACUAGGGUUUGUGCGGACAAGGGGUCAAAGAUGUUUCUGUUUGAUUGGUUCUAUAGCAUUCUGGCCACCCUGGGCUUGUGGCAGAAGGAGGCGAAGAUAUUGUUCCUGGGUCUUGACAAUGCGGGGAAGACCACUUUGCUGCAUAUGCUUAAAGACGAGCGACUAGUUCAGCAUCAGCCUACGCAGUAUCCCACAUCUGAGGAACUCAGUAUUGGGAAAAUCAAGUUUAAGGCUUUUGAUUUGGGUGGCCAUCAGAUUGCCAGGAGAGUCUGGAAAGAUUACUAUGCCAAGGUUGAUGCUGUUAUAUAUCUUGUUGAUGCUGCUGAUAAAGAGCGAUUUGCAGAAUCAAAAAAGGAGCUGGAUGCAUUACUUUCUGAUGAUGCACUCACAACCGUGCCUUUCUUGAUUUUAGGAAACAAAAUAGACAUUCCAUAUGCGGCAUCAGAAGAGGAGAUUCGAUAUUACUUGGGCCUUUCAAAUUACACCACUGGUAAGGGGAAGGUGAGUUUGGCAGACUCUAAUGUACGGCCUAUCGAGGUUUUCAUGUGCAGCAUUGUUAGGAAAAUGGGAUAUGGCGAAGGUCUUAAGUGGUUAGAACAGUAUAUCAAAUAGAAUUCCUCAUAAAUUUUCUGUAAUCGAAGGAUGUUAAUGUAUCUGAAAUGAAAUAUACUUUGAAGUUGAUUAUGAUGGGAGAAAAAUUUGUGAUGCAUUAUUAUUCAAUUAACUGCAUCAACAUAGCUGAUACAUGAAUCUUGUAUAUUUAAUUUAGUGCACCUGUAAUUUUAUUCAGGUUUGAGCCUGUCAAUGUAAUUGUUUUGAGAAACAGAGUACUUGAAUUUC